AUGACAGCAGCCAAGACUGACUCGAUUGUGAUCGUGGGCGCCGGCGUCUUCGGUCUCUCAACUGCGCUUGAAUUGAACAAGCGCGGAUACACAGACAUCACCGUUGUCGAUCGAUUUGUACCGCCCGCGGCGGACGGAAGCAGCGUUGAUAUUUCGCGGAUUAUUCGCAUCGACUAUGCGGAUCCAGUUUACUCUCAAAUGGCACGGGAGGCAUACAAUGGAUGGACCACUGAAUAUAAAGACCAAUUUUUCGAAUCCGGAUUCGCCUUGUUCUCGGAAACACCCAAAAACACUUACAUGGAAGGAUCGAAGAGGGUGAUCCGUGCGGCGGGCGGAAAAUUAGACGAUCUCGACGAUGCGAUGGACAUCCGUAAGAUCUACCCCAGCGUCCAGGCCGAGUUGUCCGGCAUGAGCGGUUAUCACAACGCGAAGGGCGGAUGGGCCGAUGCCGCAGGAAGUAUUCAGAAGCUGGCUUCGAAGUGUACAGUGGCUGGAAUCUCGAUCGUUUCUGGACCCCGGGGAACAGUUGUCUCCCUGCGCCGGGCAGGCUCGCGGGUUGUCGGUGUCAAUCUUUUGGGAGGCCAGGUGUUGCUUGCUUCGCAGGUGAUUCUCAGUACAGGAGCGUGGACCAAUCGCUUGGUGAACAUUGGACAUGCGGCAUCUUCCUCCGGCCAGCCGGUUGGCUUCAUUCAAUUGACUGAGGAGGAGGCACUCGAGAUGAGGAAGAUCCCGGUCAUGAUCAACAUGAGCUCCGGUGUAUUCUCAUUCCCUCCCACGCCAGAUACGCAUGUCCUCAAACUGGCGCGUCAUGGCUAUGGUUAUGCAACCGAUAUGGAGGUUGAUGUGGACGGGGUCAAGAAAUCAGUUUCAUCGCCAAAGUUUGAAAGCAGCAACUCGGCGACCGGAUACCUGCCGGACGACGCAGACGAAUCGCUACGCAAAGGUCUGCGUCAGUUCUUCCCAAAACUUGGAGACCGUCCGUGGAUGAACCGUCGCCUGUGCUGGUACACCGAUACUCCCAAGGGCGACUUCAUCAUCGAUCACCACCCAACUAUCCAAGGACUAUUCAUGGCUACUGGAGGCGCAGGACAUGGCUUCAAAUUCCUCCCCAUUCUAGGGAAAUACGUUGCGGAUUGCUUUGAAAACAAGGCCUCUGACGCUUUGCGCCAAAAGUGGAGAAUGGAACCCCCACCCGCGGGUGACUCAACAGGCUCCUUGCUGGGCGAUGGAAAAGGCGACGGCAGCAGAGGAGGGCCCCCAUUAAGGAGACUCAGUCCGCUCGAACAAGCCAAGCUGUAA